AUGCCUAUAAAUUUAGAUCAUCAUAAUCAUAAUCAUAAUCAACAACAACAUUCACCAAUACUUCAUCAUCAAUACUCUCCACAUCAUCAUAAUGUACAUCCUCAAUUACCACCAAUUUCUCAAUUACCUCAUCAAUUUCCUCAUCCUCAUCAAAUACCAAAUCAUCAACAUUCACACUCACACCCACAUCAUCAUCAUCAACAAAAUUCUUCUAUAUCAUCAUUGAAUUCAAUUUCAAGUAUAAAACAAAGUCCUCAAAUGCUGCCUAAUUUUUCAACUUUUUCAGUAAAUAGUUCAAUACAAACAACACCACAAGAACAACAUUUUCCAAUAUCAACGAAUCAAAAUCAUUUGAAUUCUCCAAUGUCUACGACAAGUACCUCACAAUUUCAACAACAACAACCUCCACAACCACCACAACAACAACAUAAUUAUUAUCAUAAUAGUAUGCAGAGUUCAAAUAAUGGAACUUCUUUACCUACAAUUCAACAACAAGCACAACAACAACAACCAAAUCCACAAGUAUUAAAUCUAAAAAAAGAAAUCAUUGAUGAAGAUAAAGAUAAUUCUUCAACUUCUCAAGAUAUAUCAUUAUCAUCAGCUAUAUCAUCACCACCAACAACAGUAAAUAAUUCAAACACACCAUUAACAUCAUCUUCUCAAUCAAUUCAACAUAAACCUCAUUCAAAUUCAAAUUCGACUCCUCAAUCACAAACUCCUAUUAAUCAAAUUCAACAUCAUGAAAUAUUACCAAAAUUAUCAAGAGAAUUUGUAGUUAGAAGAAUAAGUGAAGGAGAAACAGGUAGAGUUAAAGAAGAUAUAAGAUGUGAAGCAUGUGGAAAAGGUUAUAAACAUAUAUCAUCAUUAGCAAAACAUUUAUGGGAACAUACUCCUGAAUGGAAUGUAACAAAAAAAUUAUUAAUUUCAAAACAUCAACAAGUACAAUUAUUAGAAGCUGCUUCUAUAUUAAUUGGAAUGAAUGAAACUACUAGCUCAAAGAAUAAUAAUGGAGAUGUUUUAAUGGAUUCUUCUCCUGAUUCUAUUGAUUCUCAUUCUCCAAAUUCUUUAAAUUCUGAAGAUAUGGUUAAUGUUGUUAUCAAUUCUAUUACAAAGGAUGAUGAAAAAAAUCAUAAACGUGCAACAAGUGUUUGA